UUAAGAUCUAUGAUGUGCAUUUAACAAUUUGUAUUGUUGUAAAACAAUUUAGUUACUUACUCGAGACCCAUGACGUAAACGGAGACUUUAUAUAAUCUACAUGCUGGACCUGGACCUGGACCUGGACCUGGUUCACAGGGAAUCGAGGGAGGAGUUUCGAAACCGGGAGUGAAGUUGAACUCAGACUGCUCCAAUCUGGCAACCCGGUGUGGAGCGAGUGAGUGAGGGAGAAAGCAGGAGAAAUGUGAAAAAUCCGUGUCUCGGUGUUUCAUGGCGCGCGGAGGCCCCGAGAGCCGCGGAGUGAAGAGCUGACGGAUCAGCAGCAUGACAGCGGCGGUGUGAAGCACUGCCAGGCCGCUCUGUCAGCUCGUGUGACUGGCAGCGGAGACGGAGGACGCGAGCAGAGGCCAGGAGGAUGGAGAUUACUCACAUCGUUCCUGGAAUCUAGUUUAUAUCGGAGAAGACCGGCGACCACACCACAGUCGUGUUCUGCCUGCUGGAGGAUGUGGUGCUACACUUCACCCGUUUGAUGGACCCGUCGUAUAAACAGCAGCACCUUCUACAGCCCGACGUGUUUGAUGUGGACUUUGCUGGACACCAGCGAGGUGGGCAAUCGAGAACAACACAGAUACACCACGUUACAGCAAAACCAAGGUGAAAGAGCGCAAAAUGGAUGCCUUUUCCAUUAAGGUAGUAGACAACACCACGGGCAGGCUAGAACAUCACACUAGCUCUCAGUCCCAGGCCAAGCACUUCUAUAAAAAGGAUGAUGUUGGAGGAAGUGGGAGGGGUUUAUGCAAAGCAGAUGGAGGCACCAGCCCUGAAGAGGCGACACCACAAGACAGCCCCGCCUCUUUUAACAGAGAGCAAAUCAUUGUUGAAGUGAACCUUAACAACCAGACUCUGAAUGUUUCCAAGGGGUCAGAGGGCAAGAGCAGAGAGCGAGGGCAGACUCGUCACCGCACACCUAGUGAUGAAGACAAGGACUAUGAACAGAGGCAGGAAGAGAUGGAAAUUAGCACAGAGGAGGAAAAGGAUGAUGACGAUGAAGAAGAAGAGGAAGAAGAGGAUGACGACGAUGAUGACGGUGAUGAAGUGGAGAACGAUCUUAGCAUUCCAGAGGUUCCACAGACAAUCAUGGAGAGACCGCGGCGUGGGACGAGAGCGAGCGCCGUGUCCUUGUGCCAGGGCCUGGGCAGUGGCAUGCUGGCUCAGGGGAAAAUGGAGCAGGAGAGUUUGGGCCAGAAGGUAAAGCUGGAGGAGAAGCAGCACUUCGCUUGCAAGAAAUGUCCACGUGUAUUUAACAAUCGCUGGUACCUGGAGAAACACACCAACGUCACACACAAUCGCAUGCAGAUCUGCAACAAGUGCGGCAAACGCUUCCUUCUGGAGAGUGAGCUGCUGCUGCACCAUCAGACCAGCUGUGAGAAGAGCAUACAGUGUGUGACCUGUGGGAAGGCCUUUAAGAAGUUAUGGUCCCUUCACGAGCACAACAAGGUCGUCCAUGGCUACGCUGAGAAGAAGUUCUCCUGCGAGGUGUGUGAUAAGAAGUUCUACACGAUGGCACAUGUUAGGAAGCACAUGGUGGCCCACACGAAGGACAUGCCGUUCACGUGUGAGACGUGCGGGAAGUCGUUUAAGCGCAGCAUGUCUCUGAAGGUGCACUCUCUGCAGCACUCGGGGGAAAAACCCUUCAGGUGUGAGAACUGCAGUGAACGGUUUCAGUAUAAGUACCAGCUCCGCUCUCACAUGAGCAUCCACAUCGGCCACAAGCAGUUCAUGUGCCAGUGGUGCGGCAAAGACUUCAACAUGAAGCAAUACUUCGACGAGCACAUGAAGACCCACACUGGUGAGAAGCCGUACAUCUGCGAGAUCUGCGGGAAGAGCUUCACCAGCCGACCCAACAUGAAGCGGCACCGGCGCACGCACACGGGCGAGAAGCCGUACCCCUGCGACGUGUGCGGUCAGCGCUUCCGCUUCUCCAACAUGCUCAAGGCGCACAAGGAGAAGUGCUUCAGGCUCAGUGGCUCUUUAGGAGACGACAGCAGCGUGACCUCGGGGGGUGAAGGGUCACACCCUUCCUCUCAUCCUCUCCUCCACUCCAUUAGUGGCCUUCCUCCUUCUCCUUCUCCUCCUCCUCCUCCUCCUACGUUCUCCAACUCAAAUAACGACUAACAAAUUGGUGGAAACCUGGAACGCUUUUCUUUAUUUUUUCUUUUUUUUUUUUUCAGUGUGGUGAACCAAAAGCAGUAGUUCAUUCAGUGGGUGAUGUCCAUGCGCAGAGGAGUUUGAAUGAUGUAGCAGGCUUUUUAAGCAGUGUGUGACACUGUGUGAACUCAUUUUCAAGAGAUAUUUUAUACACAAUCAAGAUCGGCUCCUUAUAACUACACAAAAAUUUGUUCUCUAAUGACGCAUCGUUGUGGUUAAGUUCUCAUGCGCAGCCGAUUGCGCAAACAGACUUUACGUCCUGUCCGUGUGUGUGUGUGUGUGUGUGUGUGUGUUUAGAUGCUAGAAACAGGCCUGUUCUCUGCUCUCAGAGGAGUCACCAGUGUUGUAUGUUGUGUAUUCAGCCAGCAGAGGGAGGCGUGUGACCGAGCAGCAAUGCAAAAGAUCUUUUCUUUUAAUUUUCUCGAGAAGGUGCCGAUGUCGAUAACCAAAUCCCUGCGUCCCUGCAGUAACCAAACCCUGUGUGCUUAUUAAUGAGGUAUAACGUGUUUAUAAUCACUCCUGCACCUUAUUUCUAACUUUAACCAUACACACACUUAUGUUGUAUCGGUUAAUGUUGAUAGCAUGUCUCUAGGCACAUGAGGGUGGGGUCGUGGGGUGAGAAAGGGGGCGGAGUUACACAGAACGUUUUACAAGAAAACCUGCAGAUGUCAGAUAUUUAAACCGUUUUCAUUUUUGUUUGUUUGUUUGUUUGUUUCUUCUUUUUUUUUAUGUAAAAUUGCACUUUAUUAAGAAUCAGUCUGCAUAUCGGCCAUAAACAGGACAGAGAUAUCGGGAUCGGAGGACGCCUCUGAUUCUGUAGAUAUCUAGCAUUAUAGCAAUAUACAGAUAUUCAACUAAAGAUGUUUGCAGUUUUGUACAUUUGUCUGUACCGGUAAUAAUUUAUGGUACAUUCAUGUUUGGAAAAUGUAGCUUUUUAUGAAUUUACUCAUUCUAACGUUACACUUCAUUUUCAAACUCAUUAUCGAGGUCAUAUUUUGGAUUAGAAAUCGAAUUGGACAUUUUGCCGGAAAGUCAUUUGUCUUCUUUUGAUUUUGCCCGUGGACGCUCUCAUAGAAGCGGCUGUUACGUCGAUCUAAACGAUUCAUCUUUACAUCGAACAAGACGUUUUCAGUCACUGAGAUAUUUUCUUUCAUUCAUGUCCAUUAUUAUAUAAUAGAACUAAUUAAAAGCUUCAUAGAAAUAGAUUUAGAAUGUUGCGUUAGUGAGCAAAGGCUCUGUGGCUCGGUCUAGUCUAGUACUUCAUAUCUGUAUCUGACACGGAUAUCUCAGAAAUUUUUCCGAAAUGAUAUUAAUGUCACUAGAAUUUAGAUUUGAAUUUUAUAAUUAUAACUAUAAUCCAACCAAAUGAAAAUAUAAAUUUUAAUCUUAAUUGAAUUUCAAGAUUUACUUUUUCAGGAUUUACUUUUCAAGCCUAGCAUUUCUUUUGCACAUACAUUGGACAUACACCUUAAAAAAUUGAAAAUCAAAAUAAACAACUAAAACUAAAUUGAAUAUUAAUUCUAGUGGCUGAAAUAUCAUUAUAAAGCCAAACAGAAAAAAGCUUA